UCUGUAUUUAAGAACUUUUGCAGACCUGGGCUGUGGGUUUUGUCUGUCUUGUCUUCAGCCAGUCACCAGCUCCUCUGAUCUUGGGAGGGAAGCUCCAGGCUAACACAGGACACCAGGCCCAGCAGGUAACAUGUGUUACGGCAAAUGUGCCCGAUGCAUCGGGCACUCCUUGGUGGGUCUUGCCGUCCUCAGUAUCGUGGCCAACAUUUUGCUGUAUUUUCCCAAUGGGGAGACGAGGCAUGCCAGUGAAGACCACCUGAGUCGCUUUGUCUGGUUCUUCUCAGGAAUCGUAGGAGGGGGGCUUCUGAUUCUCCUCCCUGCUUUUGUAUUUAUUGGAUUGGAAGAGGAAGACUGCUGUGGAUGCUGUGGCCAUGAGAACUGUGGGAAAAGCUGUGCGAUGCUCUCCUCAGUGAUGGCUGCCCUCAUUGGACUCGCAGGAUCCGGUUACUGUGUGAUCGUGGCUGCUCUUGGGUUAGCUGAAGGUCCCAAAUGUCUUGAUCGCCAUGGAGAAUGGAACUAUACCUUUGCACACACCAAUGGAGAUUACCUUGUUAACCCCUCCCAAUGGUCCGAGUGCAUUGAACCCAAGAAUAUCGUGCAAUGGAACGUGACCCUGUUUUCCAUUCUCUUGGCACUUGGAGCGAUCGAAUUCAUCUUGUGUCUUAUUCAAGUAAUAAAUGGCGUACUUGGAGGCAUCUGUGGUUUUUGCUGCUCCCGCCAACAGCAAUAUGACUGCUAGAAGAAGCACCCUAGAAGAGAAGUCAAAAUCUUCCUGAAUUUCACUGUAAUUUAUGUUUCAUUUUUAUUAAUUUGUAAAACUUUGUAUUAGUAUUUGUAUCAUAUUGCAUAUACUUUACUUUUAUAAAUUUGUAUAGAGAUGGUAUGUCUGUGCUAUGGCAAAGCUUGAACUUGGUGAUAUCACAACUCAUCCAAAUGCAUAAAAAACUUAAGCCUGCUUUAUUGGAGAUUUUAACUGGAAUAAGUGGAGAUGGCUCCCUAGCAUAUCAGGGCCCCAAACUGGGUGAUACUUUAGACAAGCAUCCCAUGGUUAGAAAUGACAUUCUGAUAAGUACUGUACACAUUGUGACAUGUACAUUUUUUUCAUAAAUAAGAGCGCAUCCUGGAAUGCCUUUAUUGAAAAAAAAAAAGAAGGAAAGAAAAUCCAGAAAGAAAUCUUCCUUUACUGUUUAUAUGGUGUUUCCCAUUUGUAUAAUAUUUCCGAGCUUUUUCAGAAACUCCUUUACUUCAGAUGACAGUGUUAAAUUGUGAUGGUGGAGAAGCUACAUACCUACAACCUGUGAGAAUUACUUAAUGAGUGGGAUGGAUGAAAGAGGGACCAAAAGCAGCAGUUGUACCUCAAUGUCCUAGCUGUGAUUUAUCAUGAUAUAAGGACCUGCACUGAGAAAGGAGCUUUAGUAAAGUUAAGAGAAGGCUUUGGAGAAGCUAUCAAAAAAGAAAACAAAGAAGGAGACGGAUUGAAGCAGUAAAAUCAAACAAACCAGUAUUAAUGGAGGAAGAAGGCAUCUAAAUCCCCACCACAUCCCCUCUAUGAUGAAUUUAUGGGAGGAUAUUGACCAGAGUCACACAGAAUGGCCCAGCAUAGAUGGGUUUAGAUUUGGGUAUUUAAGUAUUUGAGGAAAAGAAGAUUUAAGAGUAGGUACUGUAUCAAGCAAUUCAAGUCGUUGUAUAAAAAAAAAAUAAAAUGUAUUUACCACGUUUUAA